AGCCAGAAGGUUAAAGCCCUCUCCGCUCCCGGGCUUUGCCCCCCCAGGAUGGUGGCGUCCUCGUCCUCGCUGAAGCUUCAGGAUCUUAUCCAGGAGAUUCGUGAGGCCAAGACCCAGGCCCAGGAGCGGGAGGUGAUCCAAAAGGAGUGCGCCCACAUCCGGGCCUCCUUCCGCGAUGGGGACCCUCUGCACAGGCACCGCCAGCUGGCCAAACUGCUCUACGUCCACCUGUUAGGCUACCCCGCCCACUUUGGACAGAUGGAGUGCCUGAAACUGAUCGCCUCCCCCAGGUUCACAGACAAGAGGGUGGGCUACCUGGGGGCCAUGCUUCUACUGGAUGAGAGGCAGGAUGCCCACCUGCUCAUUACCAACAGCAUCAAGAAUGACCUGAGCCAAGGGAUUCAGGCUGUACAAGGCCUGGCCCUGUGCACUCUGAGUGCCACGGGCUCUGCUGAGAUGUGCCGGGACUUGGCCACAGAGGUGGAGAAACUGCUCCUGCAGCCUAGCGCCUAUGUGCGCAAGAAGGCUGUUCUGACUGCAGUGCACAUGAUCCGGAAGGUCCCUGAGCUCUCCGACAUCUUCCUCCCACCCUGUGCCCAACUGCUUCACGAACACCACCACGGCAUCCUGAUGGGCACCAUCACGCUGAUCACAGAACUCUGCGAACGAAGCCCUGCGGCCCUCAAGCACUUUCGAAAGAUGGUGCCCCAGCUGGUGCACAUCCUCCAGACUCUGGUGACGACGGGAUACUCCACAGAACACAGCAUAUCUGGAGUCAGCGACCCCUUCCUGCAGGUCCAGAUACUUCGUCUGCUUCGGAUUCUGGGCCGGAACCACGAGGAGAGCAGUGAGACCAUGAAUGACUUGCUGGCCCAGGUAGCCACGAACACAGACACCAGCCGAAAUGCGGGCAAUGCGGUCCUGUUUGAGACGGUGCUCACCAUCAUGGACAUCCGCUCUGCAGCGGGCCUGCGGGUUCUAGCUGUCAACAUUCUUGGCCGCUUCCUGCUCAACAGUGACAGGAACAUUAGGUACGUAGCCCUGACGUCCUUGCUGAGGCUGGUGCAGUCUGAUCACAGCGCUGUGCAGCGGCACCGGCCCACCGUGGUGGAAUGUCUGCGGGAACCUGAUGGCU